UAGAAGUGCAGAUACUUUCACUUUAAUAGGUGAUUUUUUGUGAAACUUUUUAGACUACGGAAUGGAGUGCAGAAUAAGAAAGGACUCUGAUGCCGAUAUAGACGAAAUGGAAACUGAUCAAGCUUCAGACGAAGAAAAGAAUCGCAAAAGGAAAGCUGAGGAAAUGGAUUCCAAGAGUUCUGAAGAGGAACAGUCCGAACUCGAGAAUCUUUUACCAAAAAAUGGUGAUGACGAAAACGAAAUUGAACUUUCUUCUAAUUUUGAUCAAUUAGUUCUAAUGUCUGAUGAUGAAGAUGAACCGGUGGAUAACCAAGAAAAUAUAAAACCUCGCGGUCUUGAUCUUCGCAACUACCAAGAGGAGCUAGCAGAGAAUGCAAUUCAAGGAAAGAACACCAUUGUCUGCUCAGGAACAGGAACCGGGAAAACCCGUGUGGCAUUUGCCAUCAUUGAUGACCAUAUCAAGAAACAUCCUGAAGGUAAGGUAGUAGUAAUGGCCCCCACAGUUCCACUGGUUAACCAGCAUUACAUGGUCCUGAGACAUCUGUUGCCUCAUUUAGUGGAGAAAACCCUAAACAUAACGGGGGAAAGUGAAAGAAGCGAACAACUCCACAUGUUCGUGGGAGAGUACCAAGUUUUCCUUCUUACACCAGCCAUCUUGGAAAAUGCUAUCCAUCCAGAGAAGGAUGAACUCAUUCUGUCCAAGUUUUCACUGAUGAUAUUUGAUGAAUGUCACCAUGCUUGCAAAGGCCACACCUACAACCAAAUUAUGCUGAAAUAUCACUUGAUGAAAAGUGAUGGAAAGACAAAAUUGCCUCAGAUUGUGGGUCUGACAGCAACACUUGGUACCAACAAGGCCAACACUCCAAGCAAAGCAAAAGAGCACAUCCUCCAGGUCAUGGCCAACUUAGAUGUCCAUCAGCUGUCAACUGUCGUCAAAUACAAAGAUGACCCACAGUUAAACAGAGAUCAAAUUGAUAUUGAAAAAGUCAAACUUCUACAGGAUGUUAAAAAUGAUCCAGUUCACAAAAGAAUUGAGCAAAAAAUGGAAGAAAUUGAAAAAAUCUUGGAUGAGGAAAAGGUUAAAGGACACUUAGAUGCAGAAAAUGAAGAUGAGAAAGAGAUAUUGAAGACACUGUUGAGGAAACCAAAUGCUAACAGGACACUGGAAGCAAGCAGGAACUCACCAGCAUAUGUGCAGUGGUGUUGUCGUCUGCAAGAAAAAGCCAUUCCAAUUCUGUCGAGAAAGCCCGAUCUUUCUCAAAGAAUACGACUUGGUGGGGAGUAUCUGAAGAAACUGAGUGAGUUGCUGGAGGUAAAUGACUGUUUGACAGGAGACAUUGCUUUGGAGGUUCUGAAGAAAGAAGUGGAGAAUAUCGAUGUGGAAAAUGUCACAAAUAAUGAGAGAAAACUUGCAACUCUGAUGAUCACACUGCAAUCAGAUCUACAAAAAAUGCAGCCUGGUUCCACUGCUCAGACAAAUUCUGUAAAAAAUGUUAAUGUUCUUUUGAGAACAAUGGAGGACAAUAUUAUCCUAAAGGACAAACCAAAUGGUGGACAAACACAGUUCAUCAUAUUUGUAAAAACUAUAGAGGUCGCCAAACGAUUGAGUGAAAUGUUAAAGAUCAAGGCUUAUACAUGUGAAAGCCUGAUUGGAACAAGAGCCAUGAGCCAAACAGAUCAAAUUAUCAUCUUGGAUAAAUUCCGUGAGAAGAAAAUUCAAGGAAUUGUUGCCACAUCAGUGGCAGAGGAGGGUAUAGAUAUCCCAGACUGCGACCUAGUUAUCCUGUAUAACUAUAUUGGCAAUGAAAUAUCAUAUAAACAAGCCAUGGGGCGAGCAAGAAAAUUGAAAGCCAAAAUCCUUGUUCUUGGAAAACCCUCUGACUAUGAUAGAGAGACUAUCAACAAGGCCCGGAUAAAAUACAUGGAGCAGGCUGUAGAAAUGAUCAGAUCUGAUGAAAAUGUUGAGGAAGAGAUAAGAAACAUCAUUGAUGAAAUGGUUGCAGACAAAGAGCUGAAGAUGUUGACAGCAUCACAGGCAGAAACAAAACCGGAGGGAGCUGCAAACCACAGACUGAUUUGCAAAUGCGGUCAUUUUGAAAUUGAUUGCAGUGUACUGCGGUGCAUUGACAACACAAAUUACGCUGCGCUUGAUGUCGACUUGUGGGACAAGAUUGAAGAAAAACCUCUGACAAAAAAGGCCAACACAAAGUCAGAUUUGGUCAUGCAGGCUGAGUGGAAUCACCAAGGCUGCCAGAAAAAACUGGGAACCAUCUUUUUAUACAAGGGUGUUCGUUUGCUUUAUUUAGCGCAGAAGUCCUUCAGUUAUGACACUAAAGAUGGAGAUCGUCCCCUACCAGUCCAGCAAUGGAAGAAACUACCAUUCCAAAUUCCAGCCUUGACAAGCAAAGAACUGUUGGAGCACCUGAAGUUGCUAAUGGCUAAUGGAAAAAAUUGAUGGAUAAAAUGAUGAUUAUAAUUAUAGGAUAUUGUACAAAAGAAAAUGAUUUCUGUAUUAAAUUCCUUUUUGGUCUUUUUUUUAAUCAAAGCAUAUUGUGCCUCUUUAAAGCAAAGAUUAAUAUUUCUUUAUGUGAAUUUGCUGAGAAAGAUUAACUUUAAGUGUCCUAUGAAAUUUUGACACUGAAAUCCGUAACAAUUUUGAGCUAGAUAUAUAAGAAUGUUAUAUCAUACUUGCAUGCUCUUAGCAUGAAAUUCGCUAUAAAAGAUUUGUCAUGUAAAAUUCUUAUUAGGGCUUUUUUCAUUUUUAAGGAGGCCGAUUUGGGUUUUUUUGCGGAAAAACUACAAUAGCAUAACUCUUUAUUUUUUAACCAUAUGUAAUUUAAACCAACUCUAGUUUAUUUGGGAAGGUUCAUGAAAAUCGACCGUCUGGUUCUUUUUAGGGACCAUCUCAAAAUAGAGGUACAUUUACUAUAGGAAUAUAUAGGAAACUGUCAUUUUCCGCACAUCAAAGCAGUUAAAAAAAAUACUACAAUAGCUUUUUUUCUCAAAUUGUUAUAUAUGAUUAGUAAUAUCAUUUCC